CUCUUCCUUCCGUUUCCAUUGUAUCGAAUAAAAACUCAGUAAAUGUUCGCUGGAAUGAUCCACUGAAUCCUUCAAUUCAACGUGUUUUUAUACAUGCUACAUUGAUUGGAAUUGGUGACUGCUUCAAUUUGCCACAAUCGGAUUAUUUAAAUUACACUAAAACAGUGAAUAUUGAAGACAGAGAUAUCAUGUUUCAAUUAGAUUACUGGCGGCGUUACAUUGUUACAGUUUAUGGUUUGACGUCUCGUGGAAUUUCCACUAGUCCCUCAACAACUACCAUCAUGACUUCAUUUGACAAUCCGAGCGGCCCACCGUUAAAUUUACGUCAACUAUCUCAGUCGAAUCAAUCUGUUGAUGUGACAUGGGAUAAUCCUCUAUGUAAUCAACGAGGUGGACCGUUAGAAAUGUAUAUCGUUAACAUUUCGACAUUAUCGCCAACUAAAACACCAACUAUAUUAGCUAAUUCAAAGAAUAUACCACCUAUUGAAAUUAUUAAUCUUACACCUCAAAUUGUAUAUACGUUACAAGUGGCUUAUAAAAAUCCAAUUGGUGUUGGACCAUCAAGUCUACUACUUAUUUCUCUUAAUCGAUCAAGUUAUAUUGAAGUGACUUCAGUAAACUGCUUCGAUAUUUGGAUCAAAGAUAUAUUGGGAGUGUUUGUG